AGGAAGUAAAAUAUGAGCAUGGAAUAAAUAUUCAGUUUUGAUAAUUGUUGUGGUAAAAAAUGAAUUAAAUUGGAGUUGAAAUUACUUGAAGAGGGAGACUUGAACAAGGUUUGAUGGCCACCACAUAUAUGGAGAAUCGACCAAGUACUUUCGGAAAAUACCAGCCCAGCUAUAGCCAAGCAACUGCCAUGUUUGAAGCAUGAAGUUUAAUCAAAACUCUAAAGAAGGAAGGCGGCCAUGGGAUGAAUCUUUCUAUGAUAGAAAGCCUUAACAAUCGUUAUUAUUCCGAUGGCGGCCGCACCGCCAGAGCCCGCUCCGGCGAAGAUGGUGAUGAGGCAGUGCUCCUUCAUCGAAAACGGACCCGGAUUGAGCGAAAAGGACCAAUUUGUAAAAGAGGCAAAAGUGGGUUCCAGUGAACCUGACCGUGCGCUUGCUCGCCUGACUCGCUUGAAAAGCAAAAAAGCCAAGCCAAGCGACUAUGUUUUUCAUUCCUUUCCAAUUUUAGACAGCCGUCGGUGUCCACUAUUUUUCCGCCUAGGGGCUAUAUCCAAGAUCGAGUGGUGCUCUGAUUGCAUCUCAUUUCGAGAUGGUGAUUUUACUCUAAGGGUUGAGUGAUGCUUCAGCUUUAUCUCUUUCCUGAGGUGAUGUUUAUCAUUUCCCAACUCCUCUACAUCCCUCCCAUUUCGCUACAAUGCAUCCCUCCUCGUUGCAGCUCCCCGACAACAGCCCUUUUUCACGUAGUUUCUCAUUUCCCAGUUAUCCUCCUCACCGCAGCAGCCUCUGGACAACCAUCCUUUUGUUGUUUUGAGUCCCACGCAUUCACCGCCGUUGUCAUCAUUAAUCCCGCUCGCUUUCGUAGCUCCGAAUAGUGGUUUUGGGCUAUUUGGUUGCCAUUCAAGCCCUCCUGAACCACUUCCCUAUCACCUAGUCGCUUUCCCGGGCCUAUUACACCACCUAAUUACCACAUAUCUGCAAUCUCAUCCACCUGAAACACCAUCCUCGUAGCCUAGUUGCUAUUCUAGUCACCCAUACCUGCCUCUGAUGGUUGUUUCUCCGCUGUCCAUCCCACCUAUCCACUUAUUGUCGUCCCAGACGGUCAAUAUCCACUAUUUCCUAGUUGGACCGCCCACUUGCACUACAUCCC